UUUUAAAAACAUGUCUGAAAGUGGCUGUUCUUUCAGUUUGUGAUUUUCUCAGAAAUUACUAUUUUACUUCAAAUAAUACACCGAAUUAUGCUCAUGUUUUGUUUAAAUUAAUUAACGUAAGCUCUGCUCGGAGUAUAGAUAGUAUAACGUACAGUUUGUUGUUAAAAUUCCUGUUUUUGUAGCUAAACGUGUGUGCGUUUGUGACUUUCAGUAAAAUUUGCUAGUGAGGGUGAUGUACAAAUGGACGAAAUGUGGUAGAAGAGGAUCGAAGCUCUGAUAUAUUUUACGAAAAUAACAAAAUUCGAGUUUUAAUUUUAUAAAGUUCUUCGGAGCACCUAACACGGAGUUUCAUAUAUCAUAUCGCAAAUUGUACAUGUUCUGGAUGUCUUCCUUAGUCUUCUGUUGAUCGCACAUUGGAAUACUUUGUUUAUAAUAUAAUCGCAAAUUGGUGAACGAAAAAAAAAUUGCUUAGAAUCGGAUAACGCAAGCCUACAAGAUGGCCGUCUGUUAUUCGUAAGUUCAGGGAGCGGCACAGGACGAGGCAGAGGCAGCGGGAACUCCAUAGACAACAAACCAGACACAAAAGAGAACAAACCGAACCCAAAAAUGUCUAAAGCACUUGGAACUUCGGCUAAACGUAUCCAAAAGGAGCUAGCGGAGAUCACACUGGACCCUCCACCAAAUUGCAGCGCCGGCCCGAAGGGUGACAACCUCUAUGAGUGGGUGUCGACUAUACUCGGCCCGCCUGGAUCAGUGUACGAGGGUGGAGUGUUCUUCUUAGAUAUACAUUUCUCACCAGAAUACCCCUUUAAACCUCCUAAGGUAACAUUCCGCACUAGAAUAUACCACUGUAACAUCAACAGCCAGGGUGUGAUAUGCCUGGAUAUACUCAAAGACAACUGGUCACCCGCUCUGACCAUCUCAAAGGUCUUACUGUCUAUAUGCUCACUCUUGACUGAUUGUAAUCCAGCUGACCCGCUGGUGGGUAGCAUUGCAACACAGUAUCUACAGAACAGGGAAGAGCACGAUCGCAUCGCGCGCCUCUGGACCAAGCGCUACGCAACAUGAUUGCGCUGCGUCGCACAGCUGUCAUACUCAAUACCAUUCUGUUUUAAAUCCAUCCCGUUCACUUUAAUGUAAGCUAACACUUGUGUAAUCCAGUUGAUUUGAUUUGUGUACUUUUGCCAACAUUUUUGAUGAGUUAACAAUGAAUGUCAAACUUUUUUGGUAAGUUAACCAAUGAAUGUCAAUAUUUUUGGUAAGUUAAUCAAUGAAUGUCAAUAUUAUUGGUAAGUUAACCAAUGAAUGUCAACAUUUUUGGUAAGUUAACCAAUGAAUGUCAAUAUUUUUGGUAAGUUAACCAAUGAAUGUCAGGAUUUUCGAUAAGUUGAACUUGUUAAUGUGAACAUUUUUAGUAUAUUGGUGACUGAAAUGUAACAUUUUUUUAUUAGUUGAUGAAUUAGUUACAUAAUUUUUGGUAACAUUUAAAUAAUAGCAAUUACCAACCUUUAGUGAUUGGCACAAUGUGUAGAAAAUUGCUUAUUAUCAUAAACAUCUGAUAAUAUUAUUCUAUUCUUAAGCUAGUAUGCCAACUAAAAAUACUCAAAGAUUGAGACUAGAAUAGGAAUAUCUUUUUUCAAAUAAAACUUCUCUAUUGUGGGAAUGUAAAAAUCUACAUAAUCUUGGAAAAACUGCUUUCUAAUGACUGGCAAAACUCAAUGUCAUGCAUGUUUUCCUAAAAUAUUUUACAUAUAAAGUUAAGUCUUAUAGAAUAUUGUUUUAACUGUAAAAUAUGACUAUAACUUAAAAUGUUGCUAAAAGUGCGUAUAUAUCGGCUUAUUGGAUUGGUUGCAAUUAAUACUGAAUUCUCUAAUGCUUGAAGAACAACUACAUUCUAUAAUUUUUCUUUAUCUUUUAAAAAGAAAAACUAUUGAUGUCUCUGGUCGCGUCAUAGCAACGUGGCUGUAGGGUAUUGUAAUAUUAAACAUUAAUCAAUGUAGGGUAAAAGUGAUUGAGUCAAUUUUUGCCACAAUAAUUGUUGUGUUGAUCUCAAAACACUUUGAUGAAUGUGCUGGUAUAGAUGGGCGUCACUGAAAUAACAAUUGUCUAGACAGACAGACUGAAACUGAAGUGUUUGAGUUACAGUUGAUGCAAUCACACAUAAACUCGGUUGAGUGCAUAUUUAUUAACUAAUGACAAUUUAAAAAAAAAAUGUUGUUUGUCAGCAAGUUCCUAAGCAAUAUUAUUGUUUUUUUUUCUAAAGUUGUAUAAUUUACUUACUUACUACAAGCUGAUUCUUAUAUUCAUAACUGUUUGCCUAAUAGUAAUUGAUAAGCAAAUCAAUAUAUCUUAAUACUAAAAACAACAUUGAUUAGCUUUAAAUGGGGGCAAAUAAUCUGAAGUCUGUCUGUAUAGAUUCAUAGUUGAUACAUCUUUAGCUUUCUAAUUUAGAAAAACAACACUAUAAAUCCUGUUUCAAUUAGUCCUGCUAUGUUGAAUUUUAUGAUUCAUGGCAAAAUUGUUCAUCAAAUCUUGUACAUAUAUCAGGAUAACUUGUUUGACAGUCUUGGGAUGUUCUUUCUAAAUUAAAAAGAAAGAGGUGUGCUUGACUUGAUCAUGGUUUAUUUUCUAAGCCACGGGGAUUAUAGUACGGCCAAUGAGAGAACUGAUACUUUUUACAGUUGGUUUAUAUACAUUGUCUUUGAUCAACUUAAUAACCAUAGAUGUGCUAACUCAAUUGACAGAAUCACAGAAAAACAGCACAAGAAAAUGUUAACAGAAUAUCUGAAUGAAAAUAUAUCUUCUCUUCCUCUUUUAUUUAACAAUAUUUUCUGUCUGUGUCAAAUUUUUAGAUCUGUCAUUUUAGUGCACUUGUAAAGCUGUCAACUGUCAAAAAUCAGUUUACGAAAUGGGUCUUACUGUAAUGGUAUACAUCUUGCAGGGUGUACUAAUUGCUUUAGUGAUUGGUUUGUAUAGAGAUGUGAUCUUGAUGGUUAGUUAUAUAAGAUUAUUAAAUUCUAUGUAUAAUUACUCGACUGCCAAUUAAUUGUCUCCCAAUUUCUCACAGCACUUGAUUAGCGCUUACUUAUUGUGUUUGAGAUAGUGUUGGAUUAUUUUAGUAAUUAUUAUGUAUGUCAGUACAAAGGGAUGUUUGUGUCUAAACUUCAACCGUUGGUUAUUUAUUUGAAUAUGAAAUUGAUUUUGUUAAUUAAAUAUUUACAGUGACAUCAAAGAAUUCAAUGAAAAUUAAUUAGUUAAUAAUGCUAUGUUGUAAGUAUAUCUGAAUGUUUUAGUGUAAAACUUGAUAUAUGCAGCAUGUUUCAAAUGCCCAUUAGAAAUCUAUAAAUAAUUUAAGUUUAUGAACUCAAUAAUAUGUAUAUCUACUAAUACUAUGGAAGCUGGAGAAAGUGUAUAUUUGAAUCUACUACUAUGUCAUAAAAUGUGUCUUUUUUUCAAUGUUAAUAAAUAACCCUUUGUAUACUCAAAGGCACAAUUAUCCGCCCACUUUAAUAUGACGGAAGUAUAAUAAAAUUGUGCCUCUGAGUGUAUUAUGACAUGAGCAACAGCCAGUGUUUUGUUUAUACAUACCAAGCUCUUGUAAUAGUUCCACAAAUAUAGUUUCUAGUCGUUUAUUUUGAAAAUUCCAUAGUGAAUACAGAUCCCAAACAAGAAAAAUGUAAAAUCUAAGUAAAUAUAGUAAAUGGUGUUAAUUUGGUAGUAAUCACUAUCAGAUUUGACAGCUGUAAAAGUAGUACUAUAUUUAACAGUCGCCAUAGACAAACUAGAUGGCAAGUGUUAAAUUAGUGUAAGCUAAAUUGCACCAUUACUUCUUAUUUAUAAACAAGGAUUAAAAUCAUAUAGCAACCUGUCGAAUUUGUGAUUUAGUUAAUGUUUUGUAUGUAUCUAUUUGGUCCAUAAUAUUUAGAUAGUGUAAUUAAUUAUUAUUAUUAUUGAAAUUUCUAAAAAUUACUGUGAAAUCGUUUUUUUUUUCUUAUGUUAAGUGUGCUAUACAAUGUUUAUCACUUGAUAUAACAAUUGUGGCAAUGUAGACUAUUCUUCGCCAAGUAUACUAUUUUAUAUUAUGAAACCUAUUUAUUUAUUUUUUUUAUAAAGAAAGAACUUGUGAACCGAUUUCUAUAGUCGAUGACCUUUGAUUGUAUGGAGUUGAAUGAUUUGUAAAUAUUCCUCAAAUUCAAACAGCUGUGAUGUGCAUAGUACCUUGAACUUUGUGUCAUGUUUUUGUACAAUGUCUUGGGUAUAGGUUGCGCCAAUCUUUAAGUCCGCCCUGAACGCGAGGCGAGUCGUUAGUUAUAGCUGCAAACGUUGGGCGUGUAGCAAAAUCAGAGCGGACUCGAAGCUUGGCGCGUUCUAUAUAGAACUUUUUUUAAUAAAUUGUUCUCUAGUUGAACACAGUGUUAUACUCAACUAUUAGAUCUUACCGACUGCGCCAAUUGUAAUUGUUAAUACACAUGCCGUUAAACUGAAUAAUGAUUUAUUUAAAUGAGUUUUGUGCUUACACCACGUGUGUCGAGUAAAAUUUUACUUGCAAUCUUAAAUAAAAAAAAAAUUAACUUGACUAAUUGAAAUGUCAGAUUAACAUUUUUGGUUAGAUAUUAUUUGUUACUGAACAAUUGAACAUUAAUUUUUAUAAAAUUAUUUUUUGGUUUUGAGCAUUGAUAUGUCAUAUUAAUUUAAUUUUACUCAAACUUGGCUUGUGAAAGCAUCUUUUUAUUUCAUUUUGACUUAUAUCUUUUCGGAACUGAAAACAUAAAAAACUUUGGUUUAUGUUCACUAGCAUAAACAACUCGAGGCAGUUGUCUAUGCUCUCUGCAGUUCAAAAUUUUCAAAUUACAUCUGUGUGGUUUACAAAGGCAUGGGCUUUUUUUUUACGAAAUUGACAUAUCAAAGUGCAUCGGUCCAUAGACAUUUAUUUGGCGAUAUAGAAAGGGGAAGUUGGUGUGUGUGUGUUGGCACAUAUUAGCCGCUAUAAAAAUACACUCAUUUUCAGUAAAAGCAGAGUAUAUUUAAUAACUUAAGAAAUAUUGUUUGCAAUCUGUUAUCUGUCUAGCUCUGAAUUUUUAACGAUUACUAAUCGGGUCCUGCGUUUUGUCCUUUGUCAACUACCUAGUGUCUAAUGCCUAGUUCGGACUACUUUAGUAUUUUAAUCAACAAUUUUGGAUUUACCGCCCAAAAAUCGUUCGUACUCUACUAAAAUACUAAAGUAGUCUGUACGGUUUAUAAGUCUCGUAUUAAAAUCAUUAACAUAACUCUCUUCUAGAAGAGGAGUGCCAAGUGCUCCACAAAAAAAGACGUAAUGAUUGCAAAUGCAAACAAUAUUUCGCAAAGUACCUUCUGCAAAUUUAGAGCACGGUCAUAUCGAAAUUAUUUAUUUUAUUUAUGUUAACUCACAUACUGUCAUUGAGUCAUAUUGUUUUAAUCCUACUAAUAUUAAACGCAAAAGAAAGAUUGUAUGGAUGUUUGUUACUCUUUAUUGUCGCGACUAUUCAACCGAUUUAGCUGAAAUUCGGAAUGGAGAUAGCCUGGAUAGGCUAUUUGACCCAUGAAUAAAUCCAUGGUUCCCGCAAGAUAUUCAAAAUACUGGUGGUUUUUUUAGUUCCUAUUAUAAUAUUAUAAACGCGAAAGAUGUAUGAAUGUUUGUUACUCUAACGCCACGAAUACUUAGCUGAUUUAGCUGAAAUUAGGAUUGGAGAUAAAAACCGUGAUUCCUGUGGGAUAUGAGAAAAACUAAUUGUAAUGAAGAACUUUGAACCAUGCAAAAACUGCUGACUGGAUUUGGCUUUUAUUUGGAAACAGCUUGUGGAAUCCUAAUUUCACGCCAACGAAAUCUCAGCUAGUAGACAAUAUGACUCGAUGAAAGUAUAAAUGAUAUGAUUCUGAUUAAAGAUCAUAUUGCAUACAUAUGUCACGUCCUCUGGUUGCCAUGUAA